UUUUUUUUCUUCUGGCGUGCGAGCGGCUGACGUCAGGAGUGGAGCGGCGCGAGAGGAGUUGAAAUAGGGCAGAGCAGAAAGCGGAGCUCUGAGAGGAAACCAGCCGCGCAGAGCCGGAGGAUGGCAAGCUGCUGCUGCUGUUGCUGCUGCUGAGAGUUGGGCGCGCUACCCGUCGCUACAAACUAUCAACACAGCUGCGUCUGAUUGCCACCAGCCCGUAAUUAUUCCGAGCCACACAAAAACCCACUGGGACUACAGAGAGCACUGUUCGGACGAGUCUCUGCGUGGAAUCUUUCUCUUUUUUCCCCUUCUUCUUCUUCUUUUUUCCUCAGAGGAUCACAGAUAAACAUGGGCAGCCUGUGUGUUUGGGUUGUGGCUGUUCUGCUGGGAUCGUUGGGAUGCUGGGCUACUGAAGGGCACAGGAGCAGCCGACGAAGCGGUGUGGAUACACACACCUCCCACCAGGAGUCACAUUCCAUGGAGAAGGAGAAAGCAGACGGGAGCAUCAAUCAAUAUCAUUCUGACGCAGAAGAAGACCCGUGUCGCAGGACCUACUGCGGACGAGGCCGGCAGUGUGUGCUGAUGGCAGAAACCGGCCGUGCGGAGUGCGUUUGCCAGGAAAAAUGCCGGCCCUCGUUUGUGCCCGUGUGCGGCUCGGACGGCAGGUUUUAUGAGAACCACUGCGAGGUUUACCGCACCGCCUGCCUGGAGAGGAGACGGAUCUACGUGGUACACAGCAAAGACUGCUUCUUCAAAGGUCAGUCUUUCCGUUGUUCCACUGGCACAGCUGAGGGCUGCUGCACAAGAGAGACAAAAUUGUUGAAUUGAUAGUUGAAGGUAUUAGAAACGGAAGACUUGGUCUGGGUA